UAAAGUUAUACAAAUAAUAUCAGGUAUUAAGAAUGCUAUCCCUAGAUUCAUGUUAGAGCACGAACAAAAAGAUUCUGAUCUUUAUAUCUAAAAUACUUAAGCUUCAUGUAACAAACUGCUCCAUGACUUUUCUACUAAUUUAGCAUAUCAUCAAAGUUAAUUGAAAGCUCAUAGCAAAAUUGUUGAUGAGAAUACAAGCAAUUUAUAAAGGUCUCUAAACAAAAUUGCAGAGGUCUCUGUUGAGAUUGAAGAGAAUUCAAAGAAAACAAAUGCAGGACAAAGUGAAAGAGACUUAUAAUGUGCUGAGUUUUAAUCUAAAAUUAAGGAUCACACUGAAGCUCUUGCUGCUAUAGAUGAAGCUAAUCCGUUGAUUGAACAUUUAUCUGGAGGAUCUUCAUUUAUUUUAGUUAAAGGAAGAUUUAAUAAGGUUUGUGAAGAUUAUAGAGGUAAAUAUUGUAUUUUUCGACUUAAGUUAGUCAACCUCAAGCGGAUUGUUGUUCUAGCCAAUUCUUACAAUGAUGACUUAAUUAUCAACAAAAUCAGAUU